UAUCAUAAUAAAAUUUUACUCGAUACAAUUAUGAUUUGUUAUUCAAAUCUUGUUUUAUUAGUUUAAAAAAUAUUGAUUAAUUUGAAACCAAAACAAAUCAAUAGUGAAAUAGGUAAAAUGUAGUGUAAGAAAAUGAAGUAACUGUAAGUGAAAACAUGUCAAAAUUUCGAAAUCGCAGUAUAAGAACACUGCCGAAACAUGUGAUUAAGGAUUGCAAAACAGCCAGAGGAGAACAUUCACAUGAACACUAUUUUGGCGAAAAUGUGGACGACGACAGUUCAGAAUACGUUUCCACUAUUUCCAGCAGUAAAGAUAACCAAGAUUUUAAAGACCUGAGUUCCUCCAGCCAAAUGAGUUUUAAUGAUUUUUACGAAGAUCGAACCGCAAAAGUAAACGAAGAAUUAAGAAGACUUGAUAGGAUUUUAAAGGGACUUGAACCUGUGCCUUCUUACUAUAGCCAAGACGAAUUUGACCAAUGGAUGACUACUUUCCCUGGUUUAUGUAUAUUUGAUGACACGGAAGAGUUUAAUCAAACCGCCAAGAGUAAACAAGAAGAUACUAAGAAAAUUCAAAGCCCCAAAAGUGGGAAAAAGUUACCUAUCUGUGAUAGCACAAAUACUUCUCCCAUAAAACGAUUGGGGGAAGAUGCUGUGAUAAAAUCGAGGAAUGAUUUCCGAAUUAAAGAGUAUGGUUCCAAAAGAAACGAUUUUCGACUAAGUAUUACUAAAAAUGUAUUUACAGUUAGUCAUACACCUGAUAGACUCAGUGUCAAUCAAUUUUUAAAAGUAUCACCGAUAAAAGGCAGACAAGAGAGACGAUCUAAUAAAUCUUUGCCAUUUUUAAAAGAUUAUACUAAUGAUGACACCAACAAAUUUCUCUCCUUGCCAUUUCUGUUUGAAGAAAGUAGAAAUAUUUCAUCUAGUCUUUCACGAAUGAAACCUAAGCAAGAAGACAAAAAGAAAAAGCAGGACUUAAUUUUACCUCCAAUCAACAACAGUCAGUUUAGAUCAAUCUCUGCCACACCCAGCAAGCCUAUAUCUAAUUAUUCUGAAAGAGGUAGAGAUACUGACCUAAAGAAAAUGUCCAAAUACUUAAUAAACAAUCCAUUUGGUACAAAAUCACAUUUGUUGCUGUAAGUUGUAUUUGUGUAAGGUUAAACAUAAAUAAAUUGUAACCGUUA